CCAGCCAGCCGGCGGCCACACGGCUCCCGCCGCCACCACUACCUCCUCCCCGCAACAAUACCACCAUAACUAUACCAUACCCGGCAUGUGGUAGGCCUCGGUAUGCCGCCACACCUCGCCAACACUAUACCAGUCGCAACACUUGCGUCUCCUCUCACCACCGACUACAUAGCCACCGGUGGAGCCGAGAUCAUUGUCCCCCGGCAAGUGGGACUUCCGCAAACGGUCCAUCCAUGUCCAGGGAUUAUUCCUAUCAGAUAUUUCCAUGUGGCCUGGAAUGUUAGACCAGACAUGACACAGAGUCUGGCCACCAUUCCAACCAACACCAGCAGACAAACAGCGGCAGGAGCAGCGUAUAACGCAAAUCCCAAGACCAAACUACUUCCUCACAGGAUAUACUCAAUUGCCUAGCGACCCCAACAAAUGGAAAGAUUUAAAGUGGUAGAAAGAGAAACGAAGACCAAAGCGUACAGUAAAGAAGGUCUCGGGGCAGCACAAAACAAGGACCCAGCUCAGCGGGAAAGAGAAGAAGUCAACAAUUGGCUUAGUUCCUCUAUAGAUACCUUAAAUAUACAGAUGGACCAAUUUGAAUCAGAAAUUGAGUCUUUAAUGGCAACGCAAAAGAAGAAGAAGAUGGAUAAAGAUAAGUCUGAUCGGAUAGAAGACCUCAAGGAGUACAUAGACAGACAUCAAUAUCACAUUAAGAAAUUGGAAAUUCUUAUGAGAAUGCUUGACAACCAAUCCAUAGACUGUGAUCAGAUUAAAAUGAUUAAGGAAGAUGUUGAAUACUACAUCGAGUCCUCGCAAGAUCCCGAUUUCAAUGAAAACCUCGGGUUGUACGAUGACAUUGACAUGGACGACUUGGACUACCCAACUCCAGAAAUAACUGUAGGCAAAGAAGAGAACUUGAGCGGGAACCAAGAGGAGAACUUUAGCGGGAACUCGGAGGAGAACUUGAGUGGGAACCCUGUAAGCAAGACAGCUGUACAGUACAUCACAACUAAAAAGCAUGUGCUAGGCGGAAGUCACGACAGCACAGACGGGUCAACACCAUCGUCGGCGUGUGGGUCAUCGCCUGCCCCGUCCCCUGCCACCAACCAUUCCAAUGACCACGAUGCACCCACCACACCUCAUGAUAAGAAGAGAAGUAGUAAAAAUGAAGAGUCCAGAUCACUAAGUUCGACGAGUCAGCCAGUAAAGCCAUUGGUAGUAAGACCAACGACCAACAGCAUCAUAAACAGCGGUUCCCUGAGUAGUAGUAAUAGCAGUAAUACCAAUAACAGCAGCUCUGUGUCCUCCACCUCCAUCGUUGUGGUCAAUUCUAACUCGUCAUCCAAAGCCACACCACCUCCAUCCACCCCCACAAAGCCUGUAUCAGGUUCAACUUCUCAAACUACUCCAAACAAUAGCAGCACAAGUUCAGGAACUUCCAACCAUCUAAUAACCUCAGCGUCACUACACAACAGUACGGGGAGACAUUCACCAGAACCAAGUGGAUUGAUGAACAGCAGUAUUGUGAAUAGUAAUAGUGGGAGUGGGAGCAGCAGUAGCAGCAGCAGUAGUAGCAGUUGCAGUAACAGCAGCAGUAGUAGUGGCAACUCUAUAUCAAACAGCACAGGUAGUGGGAGUAGUAGCAGCAGCAGCAGCAGCAGUAAUGGUCUGAGCAGUGGAGUUAGCAGCAGUGUCAGUGUAACUUCACCACAAGGAAGUGUGGCUGGCAGUGCGACUACUACUCCGGCUCUACCAUCUGGGGCGCCGACUCCAUCAGUACCAUCAGCCCACUCAGGGCACACACCAACUAUGAAUGCUGCUGAUACAGCGGUGUCAUUAAAAGCGAUAGCUCAGAAGAAAGUUAAUGAAGUCAAUUCCUCAUCGAUACCACCCUCAGUGUUGGAUGGCAGCAGUUGUGUUGUAAGCAGCAGCAGUACCACAUCCAGCACCAAUACAAAUAGUAACAACAACUCCAGCAGCACUAAUAGUUCGGGAAAAUGUCCGGCAACUUGUGAAGCUCAUAUUCCUCCGCUAUUAGGAGUAGCGCCACUUGGUCCUGCUCAGUUAACCGUUGAACAUGAGCUACAAUUUAAAAUGCUACAGGCGGCCUUUUUCCAUAUGCCUCACCCGUCCGAUUCGGAGAGAUUGAGACUACACUUGCCACGCCAACCGUGCCAGACGCCGCUCUACUAUCCACAGGUGAGCGGCCUCGACCCGCUGGUCUCACCUCCGAUGUCUGAUACAGUUGAUUUCUUCCAGCGACUGUCAACAGAAACUCUCUUCUUUAUCUUUUAUUAUAUGGAAGGCACGAAAGCCCAGUACCUUGCUGCUAAAGCUCUUAAAAAACAGUCAUGGAGAUUCCAUACAAAGUACAUGAUGUGGUUCCAACGGCACGAAGAGCCAAAGGCAAUCACAGACGAAUAUGAACAGGGCACGUACAUCUACUUCGACUAUGAGAACUGGGGCCAGCGGAAAAAGGAAAAUUUUACCUUUGAAUAUAGGUUUUUGGAAGACCGGGACCUGAACUAAGCAUCUGCAAAUAUCCAGAUCUCAUGCACACUUCCCUCGGCACAUUUUCCACACUGAGGGUGGUUGUGCUACACUGAGUGAUAAUUAUCCCAUACAGCAAGCAAGGAGAGGAGGGUGGUGGUGGGGAAGUGGGAGGGACCAAGGAAGGUUGGAUGGGAGAACAUUUUUCCUGUUUCAGACCAGACCUCGGCCCAACCAGGCCACUACCUUUGUUGUUGUUGUUCGUUGCUUCCCAGUCAAGUCAGUGUCAUGACUGCCACAACCACUGUCACUCCAUGAUAUGUGAUAGUGUCGUAUCUAUUCCAUAAAGAAAUUUUUAUGUGAACAUUCAUUAUUUUCUUUUUCAAAUAAAGUAUAUAUAUAUAUUUUUAGAGGAUAGUUUCCUCUUUUGCACAUGCCCCAGACUUGUGUUCACAAAUUUGAGGUGUGUAUACCUGAGUUGUGUGUUGUACUCCAGUUUCCGAGUACUUUUGCCUAAACUCCACUUUUUGAUCUCGUCCUUGAAAGAGGCAAGAGUUUAGAUUUGUAAGUUACGUGCAUUAUGCAUUUUUGCUCAAAUUUCUGGAUGCAGCAGUUUGUGCAGAGGAUGAUUUGCUGCCAACCAGUAUUAACACUUGGGACUGGUUCCGAACGAGAAUUCACAAAUGUCGAAUGCCAAAGAUCUGUGAUGCUGUUGCCUGCCAGCCAUUCUUUUGUCACAGCUCAGCUGAACUUGCCUAACUUAUGGAUGUUCCAUUACAACCAGAAAUGAUGGACUGGAGGCAUUACCGAAUCACACCUGGGGAUCAUUAAUACAGAUCUGGCUUUGUAUGCUCUUUUGAUUUCUAUCUUCCAGUGGUAAUGGUAUGUAUAACUGUUUCAAAGUUUAUUUAUGCAAUGUAAAACUGAUGUUGGAAGGGUUAAAUUUUCUUAAUCCAAUUACAAAUUAUAUUUUUAUUUAACUGAAAAGAACAUGCAAAUUUGAGAAGAUAAGUUAAGGUUCACUGGUGUUGGUAUGUAAUGAAUGAAGCACUGCUACCAAAAUGAAAAUUAGGAGGAAGUCUGGUGGCGUGAAUGCAUAAGUUGUUAGUUGGUUUAAGUUUUAUUAUCACUCAGGUUGGAAGGAUCAGAUACCACCCCACAGAUAAAACACAUUUACCUAGACACUAUUGUGAACAAAAUUACAAUUGGCAGACAUCAUGAAGGUUUACUGCUCCUGCAGGGGCAGAAGCCUUUAUAAAUUGUUGUCUUAUUGAUGCUUUUCUUCUGGUUAUACAUAUGUUUAUGGUGUUUAAUUAUUACUUUUGCCAAUACCAAGAAUGCCUGUGCAAUAAUAACAAAUUGUGGUGUGCUUUCAUUAGCUUCUAUGCAUACCUUUUUCUAGCAUCUAAGUAACUCUGAUGGUCUUGCAUAGGUAAUAUAUUCAUUUUAUAAGGAAAUUUUUGUAUUACAGUAUUAUUGCUAAAAUUUGUUGUAAUAUUCACAGUUAUAAGUGAAAAUUCUAAUGACUGGUUGUAAAAGCAUUCGACUGCCAUUCACAAUGAUGUAUGCUAGUCCUUUAUUUUUUUUUUUUUAUAUAUCAUAAGUUAGCAUAAAUUAAAUUCAUUCCUUACAUGUACUUUUGCAUGAAUAUAAGUUUGGUUUUGUGUAAGUUGAGCAUAAAGUAGGGGGAGUUAUGUGUAGAGGAAGUCGGUCAAUUGCUCAAGGCAAAGAUGCAGCUGACAGACUUAUGGAAGCCCUCAGACAUCAUAAGUGUCCAGCUAAAGGAGUAGGAUCAUGUAGAUAGUGUACAGUCGUUGUAGACUUUUUAUACAGUGUAAAUGAUAUUUUUAUACUGUCCUUGACAUCCCUACAGAGGUAUGCAGUGUAUCUGGAAACUGACCACUUUUCCUGGUUGAUUUGGAACAUCAUGUUGGAUAUAAGGAUUAGCAGGUUUACUGUUGUAGUUUACAGCAGUCUUACUACUGUAGACAAUAAUAUCAAUGGAUAUGUGCCACUGCCUCAGUUUCAGAAAGCCUAAUUUUCCUACACAGACUACUUGAGAAAUUGUGCCUCAGUGAAAAACUGUAAGAGGGUCAUAUUCAUUGAUUUUAUUGCCUAUAGAAUUUGCAUAAUUAUUUGUCCAUGUUGGCUACUGACAAAGACAACUUUAGUUUUUAAACCAAUUAUCACUUACAAAAAACUCUUCUUCAUGACUCCUUUUAAGGUUUUACAAAUUUGUUUUCAUAUUCAGCAAUAUUUUCUAUAAUUGAUACCAGUCUGUUGAUCAUGGCAAUUGAGCAGUGGUUGUGGUUUCAUGAGAUAAUGAGGCAAACAACACAGUGGUUAAGAGUAGAAGACAAAGGUGUUUAUAUAAAAGUGAUAUAAAAUACACUCUAUUUCCUGUGGAA